AUGGAGGAGUGGUUGACACGAUUGGAGUCAAUGCAACUGAAGAGAUCGGAGCUAAACCUCCUGAUCAUGGAUUACCUGAUGGCCGAGGGAUUCAAAGAAGCGGCCGAACGGUUCAAACUCGAGGCCAACAUCGAUGUGGAGAAGAUCCAGGAGUUCAUGAAUAGCCGGGAGACCAACGAACAGAUUGACGAAAGGAUAUCAGUCCGGGUGGCCAUCGAAGACGGCCGCAUACGGGAGGCCAUGAAACUGAUCAACGAUUACUAUCCGGAGCUCAUCGACAAUAACAGACAUUUGUAUUUCAAAUUACAGCAACAACAGCUGAUUGAACUGAUCCGCGAGCAUCUUCUGGAGGAAGCGCUUCAAUUCUCUCAGCAACAGCUGAGUGUUGACAGCGAUUACCUUCAGCUGCCAGAACUGGAGCGGACACUAUCGCUGCUGGCCUUCGAUAAGCCAGAGAACAGCCCGUACUCUGAUUUACUGCAUUCGUCGCACAGACAACAGUUGGCGUCCGAAGUGAACGAAGCCAUCCUUAAGGAGCAGUCGGGCGAAGGACAGGCCUCGAAGCCAAAGCUGGUUUCGCUCAUUAAACUGCUUCUGUGGACACAGAAUGAGUUGGAGAAGAAGAAGGUUAAGUUCACCAAAAUAUCCGAUUUGAUGUCCGCCUCCUUCUCAUCCAAUAGCGACUGA